AUGACUAAAUUUAAAGUAAAAAAUCGUAAAUCGUUAGAAGAAAAAGCUGAUAAGUUGAAGAAAAAACAGUUUCAUCCGGAAAAUAGCCCAGUAUUGAGUGACAAAAGUGAAGGUAAUGAUGAGCAGGAUCUCCAAGUAGUAGACUACUUAUGCGAAGAUGGCCCCAGCAACGAAUCAAGUAGAACAGGCAAUCCCGGUCUCAGCUACUCUGAAGACGUUGUGAUGAAAAGCAGGAGGUACAAAGGUAUGCCUAAGAGAAGACAUGUUGAUAUGAGAGUUAGUGGAUUUAUUGAUUUGGAUUACUGA